AUGGGGGCCGCCGAGAGCAGCGAGGGCCGCAGGGUGUCUUUCGGAAUGGACGAGGAGGAGCGGGUCCGGGUGCUACAGGGCAUCCGGCUUUCUGAAAAUGUGGUUAACCGCAUGAAGAAUUCCAGCCAGCCUUCCCAAGUGGGCCAGCUGACUUGUCCUCCUGCUCCUUCACCUUCCACAAUUGACACCUCUAAAAGCCCAGAGAAAGACUCCAAACUGCCCAAGUCGGACAAUGGUGGUGCCCAGCAGCCCUUGGAGGUGGAGGAGGAUCUCCUUAAGAGGUAUAAACAGAAGCAGGCUAUAGUCCAGGAUGAGUCGUUUCAGGCGGCAAUGAGGGAAAGAGAGGCAGCCACGAAGUACGGGAAUGCAUCCCUACACGGCGGGGAGGACAGCCUUGACCAAGAGAAGCAGAAGUCAGCCCUGCUGGCCAGCGAGCUGGAGAACCGAGAGUUGGAGCUGAGACGCCGCAACACCUUCUACAAGGAUCAGCUGGCGCAUAUGGAGAGGAAGAAUGCUGAGAUGUAUAAACUAUCUUCACAGCAAUUUCAUGAGGCAGCUUCGAAAAUGGAGAGCAUGAUAAAGCCCCGCAGGCUGGAGCCCAUGUGCUCAGAGCUGCAGGCUCAGAUCCUUCGCUGCUACCGUGACCGCCUGAAUGAGGUGCUCCUGUGCUCAGACCUGGUCAAGGCUUACCAGCACUGUGUGAGUGCUGCCCACAAGGGCUGA